GUUUGUGUCCGUGUUCCGGUUCUGCUCUGCGCAUGCGCGGAAGACUCGUUCGGCGAAUCUAACCAAACACUCCGUGACUCCGUCGCUCGCAAUGGCGCAUUACAGAGCCUCCGAGUCGAAGCGAGAGCAGUUCAGGCGAUAUCUGGAGAAGGCCGGGGUCCUCGACAGUCUCACCAACGUCUUGGUGGCUUUGUACGAGGAAACCGAGAAGCCCAGCAAUGCCUUGGCCUUCAUCAAGCAUCAGCUGGGGGUCGGACCCGAGGCCGAUGAUGCCGAGAGUCUGCGGCUGGAGCUGAACACUUUACAGCAGAAAUAUGAUCAGCUGAUGGAGGAGAACAAAGAGCUGAGGAGCCGGCUGCUGCAGUACGAGCCGGCGCAGGACGCGGGAACAGAAUAACUACUACUUCUUGACAUUUUGAGAUAUUUCUUCACAGCAGUAGAAAUCUUUGAGUUUGUUCGUUUUGUCAUGUCGUAGAAGUGAUUUUUUUUUUUGGUUGUUCAGCAAAUUUGUGCCUGAUAUUUAAUAAAA